AACGAGCCUGUUGGAAGAAUCAUUAUCGAGUUAAGAAACGACGUGGUUCCCAAAACAACCGAAAACUUCCUGGUCUUGUCCACCGGCGAAAAAGACUUUGGUUACAAAAGAUCCACCUUCCACCGUGUCAUUCCCAACUUCAUGUGCCAUGGAGGCGACUUUACCAACCACAACGGUACCGGAGGAAAAUCAAUCUAUGGAAACAAAUUCGGAGAUGAAAUGUCAAUGGCCAAUGCUGGUCCAGACACCAACGGAUCCCAAUUCUUCAUCAUUACCGUCAAGACUUCUUGGCUGGACAACAGGCACAUCGUAUUCGGUAGCGUAGUCGAAGGAAUGGACGUCGUCAAGAAAAUCGAGGCUCUCAAUCUGGAAAAACAAUUAAAAAAAAAAUUGGUUUAA